AUGGCCAAAACCAGAAAAAAAGACAAAACCAAGGGAAAGCUGUGCAAAGAAAAAGUAGAUACAAUUGAGUUUGUGGCUGAGGAAAGAGAAAACUACCUCAAAGCGCUGAGCAAAAGAAAAAAGACAAAAAAGAAGCAGCACUACAUAAUGAUCGAGGAGCAGAAGAAAGAGGCGAAGAGAGAAAAGAGAAAAAGCCACAGAAUAAGAGAAACAGAAAGAGCAGACAUAGCGCAAAGAGUGCUGGACUCAGCCAUGCAGCGAGAAGAAGAAAAAGAAACAAAGAUAGGAAAUUCUAUAGUAACCAUUAGAGAGCUCUAG